CAAUUCAAUUAUUUGGCGGGUUCUCUAUGUUAUUUAUCCACUGUAACUGCGCUAUCGAUACUAUUGUACUGCUUUUACUCAGAACUAUUGAUAGCCUAUAGAUAAACUAUCGUUGGCAAUGCAACACUACUGUUUACAAAGUUUAUUACCAGUGUAUAAAGAAAACUAGGUACCUAAUUAGGUAGAUAGUAAAUAAACGCUUAUAAGUGUAGGUAUAUAUUCCUAGGUAGGUAGGUAGUAACUUUGUAGCUAAUACAACAAUAUGUCACCUACACGAGCAGCAGGCUUAGUAAUCUAUAGGAAAGUUAGCCAGGGUAUCCAGUUUUUGUUACUACAAACUUCGUAUGGCGAACAUCAUUGGACACCCCCAAAAGGUCAUGUUGACCCUGGUGAAUCAGACUGGGUAACAGCUCUCAGAGAAACUAAAGAAGAGGCUGGUUUCAGUGAAGUAGAUUUAGAAAUACACAAGGAUAUAUCAAAGACACUUGAUUACAAUGUGAAAGGAAAACCUAAAGCAGUGGUAUACUGGCUGGCUAAAUUGAAGAAUCCCAAUCAAGAAGUUAAACUAUCACAUGAACAUCAAGAUCUGAAGUGGUUGCCCUUACAACAGGCUCAGGAGAUAUCUGGAUAUGACGACAUGAAGCAAUUAUUGGCUGAAUUCAAUGAGAAAGCUUUAAAAUUAUAAUAGCUUAAGCCAGCGUGAAAAGUAUCUUAAUGUCCUCCAUUAUUUAAAUGUAUGUGAAUAAAAAGUGAGAUUUAUUAAAUACUAGCAACCUGUUCUGGCUUUACAACAUUUCAAACAGGAACAAAAGCAGUUCCCAACUUUCCGAGAUUAUCAAAUACAUAGAUAAAAUUACGAUAAACAAAGCGAGUUCGAUCCCCACACGGGCCUAAUUUUGUAUUUUUACAAUGUUUUUGGUGGGUUUUGAUGUUUUCACUACUUUUUAAGAUUAUAAAGUCCACCGAUUUUCGUUCUUAACCACUUUCAAAAAGAAGUGGUUCUCAGUUUGACCUGUAUGUAUGUAUGUUAUCGCGUUUUGCUGAACUGAUUUUGCUGCGGUUUUAAGAAAUUUUUGAAAGAGGUUUUCUUAAUUUUACCCGACUUCAAAAAAAAGGAUGUCGAUAAGAGGCUGUUCCCUUUUUACAAAAGUUAUAACAAUUUUUUUACCCACUACUUGUAAAUAAUUUGUAAAAUAUCGAAUGGCGAAUUAAAUAAAAACCAAUAUUCUACAAACAUAA